AUGGCACAUGCAUUUGCUAUCUCACCUGAGAAACGUGCCAGUCGCAGCAGCUUCAUCUGGCGGCAGCUCUUUGUCACACCACCACCCGUCUCAUCCGAUGAAGUCAACCUGGAGGGGAGAACAGCACUUGUUACUGGUGCUACUGGUGGAAUAGGCCUCGAGAUUACACGCCAGCUGCUGGGCCUUGGAUGCAGGGUCAUUAUGGGUGUUCGAGAUGAGCGCAAAGGAGAGGCAGUUCGUAAGGAUCUAAUCCAGGAAGGCAACCUCAACGAUGAAAAGGUACAGGUUUGGAAAUUAGACCUCUUAUCAUAUCAGUCAAUUAUUGCAUUUGCUGCCAAUGCAAAGAACCUCGACGACCUGAACAUCGCCAUUCUCAACGCAGGUAUCUACAAAGUAUCAGAGGCUUUCAGCCCGACAGGGUAUGAGGAAGGAAUGCAAAUCAACUACCUAUCAAACAUCCUCCUACUCAUCUCACUACUACCCAUCAUCAAGAAGAAUGCACCCGCGGGUGAGACUGGUCACAUCUGCCUCGUGUCAUCCGACACAGCCGCCUGGGCCAAGUUCGAGGAGAGAACCUCGACACCCCUCCUGCCCGCAUUCAAGAGGCCUAUGAAGACAUGGGACAUGGCCGAGCGCUAUGGGACAACGAAACUCCUUGGCCAGCUAUUUCUCACCGCCUUAUCGAAGCGCGUUUCUUCAGUUACACUGUGCUGCGUGAACCCAGGGCUUUGCGGGGGUGGCUCAGACCUUGCUCGUGAAGCGAAAGGCAUACUUCGGUUUGCGCACAAGAUACAGUGUCUUGUGCUUAGUCGAACAUGUGAUGUCGGUGCUCGUACAAUUGUGCACUCGGUUACGACGCUACAUAGGCAAGCACAUGGUCACUAUAUCGAGGGCGUAUUAGAUUAG